AUGGGGCCCCCGGGCAAUAGGGGAUCAUGGGGCCCCUGUGUCCUUGCCCAAACUCAAAAAAGCCUAUGAAAAAGGUACCAGCAUUUUCUGCUUAUAUUAUGUACUCCGACAUCUGCUUCCAGUGCAGACAAACAGUAAAGAGCUGUAUGCUGCAAUAUUCAGGCACUGCUAGCAGGGGCGGACUGACAAUUGAUGGGGCCCCCGGGCAAUAGGGGAUCAUGGGGCCCCUGUGUCCUUGCCCAAACUCAAAAAAGGCUAUGAAAAAGGUACCAGGGGGCAUCUCAUGGGGCCUCCUACUGACCCUGGGCCCUUGGGCAGUGCACGAGUUUACAAAUGGUCAGUCCGCCCCUGAC